CAAUUUUGUAUUCAAUUCUGUUCUCUUCUCACAAACAACUGAGCACUCUCCACCAGCACAAACAAAAGGUUUUAAUUUUCUGUGUUAAUAUUUGAAGCCUUUGAGAUGGAGCUCCUUAGGCUCACGUGUGUGGCCUGUCUGCUGGUGAGUCCUUCUCUCGCUGGGAUCAAAGAUCUCAGUUCUCACUUUUCUACCUCAAACCAAAACCCUAGAGGUUUUGAGCAGCAGGGCCCAGGGGAUGUGGAGGCCAUUCCUUUAGACUUCCACAGAGAGAAUACCGUCACUAAUGACCUAGUUUUAGACGGCUUUGAGGACGAAGACUACAUCGAUUUUGACAAAAUCAUUGCAGCAGGAAGUGAUGACUAUGUUGAAGGAGAUGAAAUUGAUGAGAUUGCCACACCAGCGCCAGACAUAGACAUCUUUGCCGAGUCUUCUGAUCCAAAAAUACGCAGAGCAAGACUGUUACGACUAUUCAGCAGUCGCUCUCGUCUUCAGCGCCUGAAUGUUGUCAAUGCAAAGUUUGGGUUCAACCUCUACCGCAGUCUUCGCAAUGACGUUAACCAGACUGACAACAUUCUGCUGGCCCCCGCUGGAAUCUCCAUCGCCAUGGGAAUGAUGUCUCUCGGUGCAGGACCUAAUACUCAUGAGCAAAUCUACAAGGCCAUGGGUUUUGCAGAAUUUGUCAAUGCUAGCCAUCACUAUGACAACACAACAGUGCAUAAACUUUUCAGGAAGUUGACGCACAGACUCUUUCGUAGAAAAUUUGGCUACACUCUGCGCUCUGUUAAUGAUGUUUAUGUGAAGCAGGAUAUCAAAGUCAGUGAUGGUUUUCGUGAAGAGACAAAAAAGUAUUACUUUGCAGAGCCACAGUCAGUGAACUUUAAAGACCCCAGUUUUCUAGAGAAGGCAAAUCGUCGGAUCCAGAAGUUAACCAAAGGCCUCAUCCAAGAACCACUUAAAAAUAUUGACCCAAAUAUGAUUCUGAUGCUUCUCAACUACCUGUACUUUAAAGGCACAUGGGAACAGAAAUUUCCAAAAGAGAUGACCUACUAUCGCAAUUUUCGAGUGAAUGAAAAAAUAACCGUCCGUGUGCCCAUGAUGGCCAACAAAGGCAACUACAUGGCUGCUGCUGACCAUGAACUGGACUGUGACAUUCUACAACUCCCAUACACAGGAAACAUCAGUAUGCUUAUAGCGCUACCAAGAAAGCUUACAGGCAUGAGGACCUUGGAGCAAGAGAUUUCCCCUACUGUAGUCAAUAAAUGGCUCAAAAACAUGACAAACAGGACACGUGAAGUGGUGCUACCUCGUUUUAAACUAGAGCAGAACUAUGACCUGAUCCCAAAUCUGAAGGAAAUGGGCCUCACAGACCUGUUUGGGCAAAAUGGUGAUUUCACUGGAAUGACUUCAGAAAAGAUCUCCAUGAAUUGGCUAAAGCAUCAAGGUACAAUCACAGUGAACGAGGAGGGUACAGAGGCGGCUGCUUUGACUCAGGUGGGCUUCAUGCCACUUUCCUCUCAGAUCAGAUUCACGGUGGAUCACCCUUUCCUCUUCCUGAUCUAUGAGCACCGGACAGACUGCCUUGUGUUCAUCGGCAGAGUUGCCAACCCUUCACAAAACUAAAUCACGCAUAAUGCUGACUGUAGUGGGAGAUGUGCCAAAAAAUUAAUAGCACAAUGUUCUUGGAGACAGAUUGCAGUAAAGAUUUUUAUCACGAUUCAUGUAAACUUGUGAACUAUCUUUGUUUUGCCUUAAAGGGGUAACUCAAGUCCUUUGUUUUAUGUCUUUUGUUUAGUGUAGAGCAGCAUUCAAGAAAAACUUUGCUAAUUACAAUAGGGCGAUCUUACCAAAAUGACAUAUCGCCCAGCUCUAUUUGACUGUCUAGCCUCAUAACAACAUAUAAUAGACAGAAAUAGGAUUUUUUUUUCUAUGUUUUAUUUUAGUGUAAUUGAUAAAAAGACAAUACAAACAAUACAGUUACCUUUGAAGUCAGUUUAUUGUUGGCUAAUGUUUUCAUUACUGAAUGUUGCCAAAAGUAAACUAAUAAAAUUUAUUUGAUAUA